UCUACUUGUGUGACUCCUUGAUCAGGAGGUAGCUUGUUUUCAUUUCUAUAAUUUUUUUUCCUUCUUUUUGUAAAAUUAAUGGCUGAUUGCAUAAUUUCCAACUUUUUUCGAUUCUAAGAAUAUUUAAAUAAAGAACGCGCACUUUUGGAACUUAAAUACACAUCGUAUUCUGGUAAUGGAUGCAAAACAUAUAAAGCUUCUUAGAAAGCAGAGACUCCAUCUAGCCAAGCAACUAAUCGUUGGAGAUACAAUAGUUCAGUAUUUGUAUCAAGAAAACAUUCUAACAGAAAGUCACGUGGAAGAAAUACGUUCUCAGAAUACAAAUAAGAAAAGGGCUAUUAAACUUUUAGACAUCUUACCAACUAGGGGACCCAAAGCCUUUGAUACUUUUAUUGACUCCAUUCAGGAUGAAUAUCCCUGGAUAAAAACCAAGUUGUUGGAUGAGUUGACACGGCUUGGAGACGGCCAGACUGGUUCUGCAGAAACACUGAAGCUGCCAGAGCAAGUACAAAACACCAUUCCAACAGAGAAGCAAUUAAAUAAACUUGCCAGCAGACUGGGACCAGAUUGGGAGAAUGUAUUAAUCAGUCUUGGCUUAACUACAGUGGACAUCUACCGGUGCAUAGUCAACCAUUCCUAUAAUGCACAGUCCCAGACUUUGGCUGCAUUUGUGUUGUGGAAGCAGAAGUUUGGAAAGGAAGCUACAGUGCAGCGCCUGUAUGAUGCUUUCUUAGAGAAUGAAAUACACCCUUCUCUGGGAAAUGAUAUCUUUCAAUUAGAAGUAGAAAGUAUUUAGUGUCUCAAAACAAAACGCAACUACCAAUCCUAGUGAUAUUUAAGUACACUGCUCACAAAAAUAAAGGAACACUUUUUUAUGGGGCCUGGCAUGAAAUCAAUUAAACCUGUCUGAUAAU